UCGGGAUUCCCUCACCAGACAGCGAAUUCUUUGCAGCUGGCUUUACUAGUGUAAAAUUGCCGCUUGUCUGCGCGCGCUUUUUGCCCUUGACGGUAUUCCGUUUACGAACAGGCAAGCGCUAGACAGUCCACUGCCGGCACUGGCAGGCACUGGCGAUUGAUCGCCUGCAACCUGACCUGACCGUGGGCACCUGCCGUCCGAGGUGAUGUGUCGCGGUUCUGAAGCUGUUUGAACCGGCAGGGCAGGACAUUCCAUGCUUAGUGUUUCAGCAAUUGCGCUUUCCUUUUGUACCUGUCUUCCAUUCCCGUUUGAGUCCCUCUUCGGUUCCAGGUUUCCUCCUUCCCUUCUGUCACACCUGCCACGUCCCGUCUUUCGGGAACACCCUUCACUCAGACGAACGAAAUGGGCGACAACGACAGCGACAGCGGACAAGAGCCCUUGAAGAAGGUCGCCAUCGUGGGCAGUGGCUGCGCCGGCAUCGCCGCCCUGUGGGCCUUGAAUCGGAGCCACCACGAUGUGUACCUUUACGAGGCCGACAGCCGCCUUGGGGGCCAUACCAACACCGUGGAAUGGGUGAAGGGCAAAUACAAGACCAUGGUCGACACGGGUUUCAUUGUCAUGAAUACGGCCACCUACCCAAACUUCAUCAACUUUCUCAACAGGAUCCGUGUGGACAUGGUGCAGACGGAGAUGACGUUUGCCGUCUCGCGAGACCAUGGCCUGUUUGAGUGGGCCGGGGGCGGUCUGGACGCCCUGUUUUGCCAGCGGGGGAAUCUGUUCUCGCCGAGGAUGUGGCGCAUGAUAUUUGACAUUGUCCGUUUCAACCAGAUGGCCCUGGACGUCUUGAGGAAAGACGACCAGACUUCUGUUCGCCCCGACGAAACGAUUGGCGAGUAUAUGCAGCGAAACGGGUACUCGGAUUCCUUCCGCGACGACUAUCUUAUCCCCAUGACGGCCGCGGUCUGGAGCACGAGCCCCGACAAGUGCUCGCUCGACUUUCCGGCCGUGACUUUGAUUCGCUUCCUAUGGAACCACCACCUUCUGUCGACGGUCGCCGCGAGGCCACCGUGGCUCACCAUAUCAGAAGGGUCAAAGGCGUAUAUUGACGUUGUCAUGAAGGGCUUUCCACCGAACCAUCUGUUUCUCAACACGCGAGUACGGUCCGUGACCAACGAGGACGACGGCCGUGUGCGGCUCCACCUCGACGGGGGGCGGUCCGAGGUGUUCGACCACGUUAUCCUGGCAACACACGGCGACCAGGCGUAUUCAAUAAUCCGCGAGUCUGCAACGGACGAGGAGAGGGACAUCAUGUCAAGCUUCCACACGUCCGAGAACUCGGCAGUGUUGCAUUCGGACCUGUCUCUGAUGCCCGAGUCUCGAAAGUCGUGGUCGAGCUGGAACUACAUAACCAAAUCGUCACCCCUGACGGGCACGGGCAACAUUGACCAGGUCUGCCUGACAUACAACAUGAACAUCUUGCAGCACAUCCCACGGGAAGCCUUUGGCGACGUGCUUGUGACGCUCAAUCCGCUCCACGAGCCGGAUCCGAACACAGUGCAGGGGCGUUAUUCGUACAGGCACCCUCUUUACACGCCUGCGGCCAUCCGGGCCCAGCAGCGUCUGCCAGACAUACAGAACAAGCGCGGGAUCAGCUAUGCGGGAGCAUGGACUAAAUAUGGGUUUCACGAGGACGGGUUCAGUAGCGGCCUCCAUGUCGCGCAGGACUAUCUUGGGUCAAAACUGCCAUUUGAGUUCAAGGACUCAACAUUUAGUCGCGGCAAGAAACCGGAACUGCGACUCGGGGACCGGAUUUUGCGAUUGUGGAUUUUGGCCAUUCAGAUGUUCUUCAUUGCCGUCGUGGACAGGAUCGCGAGGCAGUUGCGGACGACGAAGCAGCUGGCCGUUUCGGCAUCCCGCGUGAACGGUAGUGCGGCGAUGAAUGGGAACGGGAGAGUGCACGAGAAGGAGCUGUAGUGAGGUGACUGAGACAGGAGACAGGCGCACACGGUGAUUCUGGGGCAUUUGCGGGGGCCCUAAAUUUGUAGAUUCCCCCCAAAGAAAAGAAGAAAAUAAGUAAAAGAAGAUGAGUAUUAGCUCUAUCCAUACAUGAGUUUACGAGACACUCUCUUCUCUGUCUAGGGAUUUUCUUCCCUAAGAUGCUCGUCGAAACCCAAGUCUUUAACCCCCGAAGAAGCUCGGAGCUCGUAUUGAGAUGGAGAGGGA